CAAAAACAAAAGCGCAAUACAACCCCUACACCACCUCCCCCUCCUCUUUUGUCUCCCAUGCCCCCCCAAGAAAGAAUGGAAAUCCCCUUCUCCGCCCUCCCCCUCGAUCCCACCGGGCCCCCCGGCAACGCCUGGGGCCGCUUCGGAGCUCACGAUCAACUGGGGACGCUCAACCUUUUAACGGACGAAGUGAUAGUCGAAGCCGCCAAAGAGAUCCGGACGGGGGUGCGCAUAUCGCUGGACUGGCCGCUCAGCAUGCCGACGUACCCGAGCUUCGAGCGCGACCCGUUCCGGCAGGAGAUUGUGCAUCGGCGGCCGAACUGUAUUAAUGAUGAUGUGUUGACGUUUAAUACGCAGGGGUCGACGCAGUGGGAUGGGUUCAGGCAUUAUGCUCACCAGCAGAGUAAAAGGUUCUAUAACGGACACACACAGGAGGAGAUUGAAACAUCGGAUGUUAUUGGGCUUCAUUUAGUUAGCGAAGCCGGCGGCAUCACCGGCCGCGGCAUCCUCCUCGACUACGCGCGCUGGGCCGGCGAGCACGGCAUCGCUCUCUCGCCGCUGACCUCGUGCGCCAUCCCCAUCGCCCACCUGACGCAACUCAUGACCGACUACGCGAUCCGCGCGCGCCCGGCCGACAUCCUCUUCAUCCGCAGCGGGUUCACGCAGGCCUACACGGCCCUCACAGACGCAGACCGCCACGCGCUCGCCCGCCGCCCGUCCCCGGACUUCAUCGGCCUCGAGGCCUCCGAGGCGGCCGUGCGCUGGCUCUGGGAGCAUCAGUUCGCGGCCGUCGCGGGCGACGCGCCCAGCUUCGAGCGCGCCCCGAUCCGCGGCGCCCACGCUGACCGCCGCUUCAAUCUCCAUGAGUGGGUGCUGGCCGGGUGGGGGUGUCCCAUUGGGGAGCUGUUCGAUCUGGAGCGGUUGGCGGAGCAUUGUCGUGCGGUGGGGCGGUAUGAGUUCUUUGUGGCGAGUGUGCCCUUGAAGGUUGUCGGAGGGGUGGCGAGUCCACCUAAUUCCGUGGCUAUUUUUUGAGUCGCGAGAUGAAGUUAGAUCGGUGUUUUCAUAUCAAUCCUUGCUGGUUUGAAGGGGAUUGAGUCCAUCAGGCUGCACAUAAUGUGGUUUAAGUAUCGGACGGUCAUGAUCAUGUUCGCAUGUGCAUAUUAAGUAUUAUGAGAUGUAUGUAUGGAAGG